AUGGUCAACGUAUUUGGAGUAAACUUCCACGAGAGGAAGUUCGUCAAGAAAGCACUCGAAAGCUUCUACGGCCUCGGCCCGCAGACCUCGGCGCGCAUCAUGGCCAAGUACACCAUACACCCCCUGGCGCGGAUCGGCGCGAUACCACACAAGACGGCCACGGCGCUGACGGCCGAGCUGUCGACCAUGACGAUAGAGAUGGACGCGCGGCGCAUCGUCCAGGACAACAUCAAGCGGCUGCGAGACAUGGGCACGUAUAGGGGCCGGCGGCACGCCAUGGGGCUGCCGGUGCGCGGCCAGAAGACGAGGACCCAGACCGAGACCGCGAAGAAGCUGAACACGCUCGAGAGAGGAGGCACCAGUUCGAGGAUCUGA